AUAAUGGAUAAUCUCCUAAAUAAAUAUUUUAGACGUAUAACGGAGAUUCUUCCGGAAAAUUUUCAAGCAUUUGAUACAUUUAGGGUGCUUAUUUUAUUUUUUGGUGUAAAUGGAUUAGACAUAAUGGAUGCGUUAGAGACUGUUGAUAAGCAGGUUUUAAUAGAUUGGGUAUAUUCGAAUCAGAUAAUUUCAAGUUCUCAGAGUGAUGAUAGAUGUGGCUUUCGUGGCUCUAAUUGCAUUUCUGGUGCUGAUUCACUUACGCACACAAUUCUUCCCUACGACGGAAGCCAUAGCACUGCUGUAUACACUUCACUAUGUUGCCUUCUGGCUUUGGGUGAUGAUCUAUCGCGUCUCAAUAGGCCCGGUAUUAUUCGUAGUCUUGCUGCCCUUCAAAUACGUUAUACUGCUUCAUCCUCAACACCAGGCCGUAUAGGUAUCGAAGAAUCAGAUAAAUUGAAUGCAGAGUCUGUCUAUUCAGGCUGUUUCCGCGCAGGAAACUUCUGUGGCGAGUUGGAUGCUCGUUUUGUAUUUUCUUCAAUCGCUAGUCUCUACAUACUUGAUGCUUUGAAGGAGAUUGAUACCAAUUCGACCAUUGCUUUUAUAACUCGCUGUCUGAAGAUCUUUUGA